AUGGACCAGCAAUCCCAGAAGGCUCGCAACAAGGGUGUUGCUAUCUCAGCACUAAUCCGUGGUGAGCAAGAGCGCUAUAGAAUGUAUGACCCUCACCUCAUCGCCGCUCUCGACGAGGUCUACCAGUACAUUACUACGAAAGUCGACCCGAUCCUGACCAAGGUACUGGAAGAGGUGCUGCUGUAUCAGCCAGAUCAGACAGCCGAUUUCCUCGCCAAUGCAGUUCGAGGCACCCUCAAUCUCAAGAAGUACAAUUACGUGGAGCUCAAGCGGCAGGUUUACUUCGACCGCAAGGUCCGACACCUCAUGAUACUAGCGACCAACAAUGCCAUUCGUGAGCGUCCUGCUGAUGUUCAAGAAUUUUUAGCGGAACUCUUUGAAGCUCGCUCCAAAUUCUACUAA